AUACCACUUGAAAAAAUAAAUGAUAACAACAUCGAUUGUCUUGGUGCUACUGAUGAACGAACACUGUGCCGAGAAGACGGCUAUAAAUACCAAGAACAUAAUUUCUUAUGUAAAAACUCAAGUUCGCAAAAAUGCAUAAAUCUUGCUCAUUUAUGCAACGGUAAAUUCGACUGUGAAUAUGGUGAUGAUGAACAAUUUUGUAUGAAAAGUUAUAUCUAUGGACUGUCCUCCUUAAAUGGCAAAGUUUCUUAUUCUGAAAUUGAGCAAUUUUUCUAUAAAGAAUUAGUAACAAAAAGAAAAUCAUUUAUUAAACACUUUUUAUUAGAUGGAUUGACAGAAUUCAAUACGGAUAAUCAAACAACUAGUAUUAGACCAUCAGGAAUUAUUCGACGUCCACAGCAAUAUGAACUUAUGAUGAACAGAAAGAAUCCAUGUUCUCGAGGUAUUCAAUUACGCGUUUGGCUCAAUGAACAAAAUAAUUCAACAACAAAUACAUGUCUUUGUCCGCCUAGUUAUUAUGGUGAUCAUUGUCAAAAUCAAAAUCAACGUGUUAGUUUAACUAUGGCAUUUCGAGUAAUGUCUGAUUCGCGAUCAACAUUAUUUACAAUUAUAAUCUCACUGAUCGAUGAUAGCGAACAAAGAAUUAUUCAUUCAUACGAACAAUUGAGUUAUUUAUCGAUUAGAGAUUGUAAAACUAAAUUUAAUGUCUAUUUAGUUUAUUCAAAUCGACCAAAAUCUCAAACAAGAAAUUAUUCAAUACAUGUUGACAUUUAUGAAAAAAUUUCGCUAAAUUAUCGAGCAAGUUUCUUAUAUCCAAUCGAAUUUCCAUUUUUACCAGUUCAUCGUCUAGCAUUUAUUGCUACUAUUCCAAGUUCAAAAGACUUUAUUAAAAGUUGUUCAAAUUUAAAAUGCAUUCAUGGCAAAUGUGUUAUGUAUUCGAAUAGUCGAGAUCAUCCUACAUAUUGUCAAUGUAAUGCAGGAUGGUCUGGUCAAUAUUGUACUAUUCC